GAGAUCUCUGUUUCAUCAUCAUCAUCAAGGAAGGAAGGAAGGAAGGAUUUAAUCUAAUCUAGGGUUUACGUUCUCCACCUCUUCUUCUUCAUCAUCAUCAUCAUCAUCAAGGCAAGUCUUUCAACUUUCACUUUCCUACUCUCCAAACUCUAUUUCUUAAUCCAUUCCAUUCAACCACAAUCAAUCUACUUUUCUUCUUCAAUUACCACUUUUAUCCUCUCUAAUUUCAACUUUUAAUUACGUUUCUUGAAUCCAACUCUCUGUUAUUUCCGUUUUGAGAUUCCAAUUUCUGUUUAGGGUUGUCAGGAUGUCCAGAAACGUGCUCAACAAGAAAACUGGUGACACUUCUACAAAUAGCAAUGACUUAUUAUUAAACGAUAUUAACAUCCUCAGUAAAGCCUUGUAUCAUCAUCAUCAUGAUCAUAAACCAAACCCUAGAACCAGAUCAAAACUGCCUCAAACAAACUCAAACUCCAAAGAUGACCGACGAUUUCUCAAAGACAACAAGUCAUCACUUUGGGGCUGGAACACAUUCAAAUCCUUUAACCAUAUCCGUAACAAGCGAUUCAACUGCUGUUUUUCACUUCAAGUUCAUUCAAUCGAACAACUUCCUCCGAGUUUCGAGAAUCUCGCACUCUGCGUCAAGUGGAAGAGGCGAGACGGUGAGUUCACCACUCGACCCGCCAAGGUUUCGCAAGGUGUAGCUCAGUUUGAGGAGCUGCUUUUGACCAACACUUGCUCCGUUUACGGUAGCAGGAGUGGGCCCCAUCACUCUGCUAAGUAUGAAGCCAAACACUUUUUACUCUACGCCUCGUUGGUUGUUGACCCGGAGCUUGACUUAGGGAAACACAGGGUUGACCUUACUAGAUUGCUCCCGCUUACGUUGGAGGAGUUAGAGAGCGAAAAAAGCUCCGGAAAGUGGACUACUAGUUAUAGGUUGUCGGGAAAGGCGAAAGGUGCGAGUAUGAAUGUUAGUUUUGGGUAUUCGGUAGUCGGGAGUGGUGACGGUGUGGUCAAAUCUCCUGUAAAGACGUCUGGUCAAAGUCAAAGUCAAAUUAAGCGAGGUGAAAGUCUUCCUGCUAAUUCUCGGUCUGUAGAAAAUGUAAGGGAUCUUCAUGAGAUUUUGCCAGUGUCGAAGUCGGGACUUUCUGAAUCAGUUAGUGUGUUGUAUAAGAAACUCGAAGAAGAAGAGGAAAAGUCAAUCAUCUCUGUUGACUAUGAAACACAACAACCCAAACCCUCAAAUCAAGAUUUAAACUCUACCGAUCAUGAUGAUAGUAAUAUAAUCAGAACGUUUUCUGUCAUGGAGCAGGGAAUCGAGUAUCCCACAAACGAAAAUGUAAAACAAGAAAAAAAAGCGUUUGAUGGUUCAGAAAGUUCAACCUUUGAGCGGGAUCUGGACGUUGAUUCUUUGCCGGUCAAAGAAUUCGAAAGUCAAAACGAAGAAUUUGGUGACAAAGAAUUACUGUUGCAAGAAUUGGAGUUGGCGUUGAAUAAUGCGGUGGACUUGAAAGAAGAAUCGGAUUCACAAGAAGAAAACGAAAAUAUAAACAAAUCAGGUUUCCGAUAUGAAGAAAAGGUUAAAGUCGGUUAUAACGAGAAAGGGAAAUCACUCGAGUUGGAUUACGCUACCGAGGCUGUUGCAGAAGAUUUCUUAGACAUUCUUGGGAUAGACCACAGUCCCGUUAGUUUGACUUCUGAAAGCGAGCCAAACUCUCCACGUGAGCGGUUGCUACGACAAUUCGAGAAGGAUUCCAUGGCUAACGGUUCUUCUUUAUUCAACUUCGAUAUCGAUGAUGAUGAUGGUGAUGUUGACGUUGAUAUAUUGACACCAACACCUGAAGAACCACUGAACAAAACAAAAGCAUCGGUCUUGGAGGACAUGGAGACCGAGGCUUUGAUGCGUGAGUGGGGUCUUAACAAGAAUGUUUUUCAGGGUUCACCAUCAAGUACUACGCCAAGCGGGUCGAGUGGUCCAGUUGACCCGUCUCUUCCUCCACUUGGAGAAGGGCUAGGCUCGUUUGUCCAGACUGGUAAUGGAGGGUUCUUACGGUCCAUGAACCCCGAGAUUUUCAAGAACGCUAAAAGUGGCGGGAACUUGAUUAUGCAGGUUUCUAGUCCGGUUGUUGUGCCUGCAGAAAUGGGUUCUGGAAUAAUGGAUGUAUUACAGUGUUUGGCUUCGGUUGGUAUCGAAAAGCUUUCGAUGCAAGCGAAUAAACUCAUGCCGUUAGAAGAUAUAUCCGGAAAAACCAUGCAACAAAUCGUUUGGGAAUCCACUCCGUCUUUGGAGGCACCACACGGGCAACAUUCAUUGCAUGAGGAGCCAGUGGUUGAACACGUUUCAACGAGUCACGGGUCGAAACGAUAUGAAGCGGAUGGGGCAGAUCAAGAGUAUGUUUCACUUGAGGAUCUUGCUCCGUUGGCGAUGAACAAGAUCGAAGCUUUAUCAAUCGAGGGUUUAAGAAUACAGUCUGGCAUGUCGGAUAAGGAGGCACCGUCUAAUAUAAGCCCACAAUCUAUUGGUGAAAUCUCGGCUCUUGAGGGCAAAAGAGUAAAUUUUGAUGGGUCUUUGGGUUUGGAAGGAACUGGAGGCUUGCAGUUGUUGGAUGUUAAAAACAACCGUGACGGUAACAGUAACGGUAACAGUGAUGAUAUUGAUGGAAUAAUGGGUUUAUCUGUUACGCUUGAUGAAUGGAUGAGAUUGGAUUCUGGCGAAAUUGACGAUGGGGAUGAAAUCAGUGAAAGAACUUCGAGAAUUCUCGCUGCUCAUCAUGCUAGCGAUUUAAUGCGCGCAAGAAGAGGUAAAGGUUCACGGAAAGGCGGUCUUUUAGGGAAUAAUUUUACUGUGGCGUUAAUGGUUCAGCUUCGUGACCCGUUAAGAAACUUCGAGCCUGUUGGUACUCCAAUGCUCGCUCUUGUUCAAGUCGAACGCGUUUUCAUUCCACCAAAACCAAAAAUCUACACCUCUGUUUAUUCGUUAUAUAACAAACCCGAAGAAGAUGAGGUCGAUGAAGUAAAAGUCGAAGAAAAAAAAGUUUCCGUUGAAGAAAAGAAAGCUCGUGUUGAAGUUGAAGAAAGUGAGUUGGUUCCCAAGUUCAAGAUCACGGAGGUACAUGUUGCGGGUGUGAAAACCGAACCCGAACGCGCGCCAAAUAAGAAGGGGAUAUGGGGUUCAAACGCGAAGCAGCAACAGUCGGGGUCGCGAUGGUUGGUUGCAAAUGGAAUGGGGAAGAAGAACACAAAACAUCCGCUAAUGAAAUCGAAAGUUGACGGUAAAUCUAGUGGUAGUUUGUGGAGUAUAUCAUCAAAGGGGAAGGGGAAGGGGAAAGGGAAGGUGGAGCCACCUGUAAGGAACCCGAAUGUUAUUAUCCCGAAUGAAACGGUUAAGUUACUUAGCGGUACAGGUUUUAUAUGAAAUGGCGAUAAAGAUUGAAAACUCUAGAUAGCAUUGUUCAAUACUUCAAUGGGUUGUGUUAGUUGGACAUUAAUAGGAUGGUCUUUUAAAAAAUGUUUGUUCGUUAACGAGUGGUUUGUUACUUCCAACCAAUGUUUAAAACCAAAUCCGACCCGACCCAGCUGGUUGAAACUGUAAAGAGUGGAAAACUGGGAAUAAGUGGUUGAAUGGUUGGUAUACAAAUAAGUGAUUUGGAGUCUAAUUAUAGGGAGUGGUGUGAUUAUGUGAUUUUUCUUUUGUAAAUUAUUUACUUUUUGUUUGGUAAUUUAUAGAUGAUUUUCGUA